UCCGUGUACCAACAUUCAUUCCUUGUUUUUGUGAACCAGGUUGUUGUUGUAAAAUAAUUUUCAAGAAAAACAUGUACGUUUUAAGUGUUUGUCUGUUUAUGGUUUUCUCUCCUUUCACUCUAGGUGUUAACUAUUUUCAGUGCCAGACCUGUUGUACGUUUGAUGGUCCAGGAUGGGAACACAUGGAGUAUACUAUCACACAAUUUUAUAACAAGAAAUUAGGAAUGUUGUACAACAGCACAACUGGCAGCUACACAGGAUUUACAGAGAAUGGAAUUCACGUGGCACAACUCUUUAAGAACGAUCCCUACGGACCAAUUAGAAGAAAAUUCGAAAAGGACUUCAUGUGCAAAGAGAGGCUAUUUGCGGUCAAAGACGUGGGUGUUAACUACUUUCAGACCCAUGCCUGUUGUACGUUUGAUGGUCCAGGAUUGAAACACAUGGAGUAUACUAUCACACAAUUUUAUAACAAGAAAUUAGGGAUGUUGUACAACAGCACAACUGGUAACUACACAGGAUUUACAGAGAAUGGAAUUCACGUGGCACAACUCUAUAAGAAUGAACCCUAUGGACAAAUUAAAAGAAAAAUCCAAAAGGACCUGAUGUGCAAAGACAGGUUAUAUGCGGUCAAAGACUUAGGCAAUUUAACAGUUGCACCCACUGUCAAAGUGACUCAAGUGAUGCACCCCUCAGUGCUUCUGUGCAGCGCUUACGAUUUCUAUCCAAAACAAAUCAGAGUCACAUGGUUGCAGAAUGGACAGGAAGUUAUUUCUUCCACUGAAGCAAUACCUGAUGGGGAUUGGUACUACCAGAUUCAUUCCUAUCUGGAGUAUACCCCAACUCCUGGAGAAACCAUAAGCUGUGUGGUAGAACACACCAGCCUCCAUGAACCUCUGAUUCAGGUCUGGGACUCCUCUCUUCCCAAGUCACAAAGGAUUAUAGAUGGUGUGGGAACAUUUUUCCUGGUCGUUGGUUUAGUCUGUAUGAGUGUUGGAUUUAUCUACUACAAGAGGAAGUCUGCAGCACCUUUGACACUUUGUCGAGGGCGGGAAAUGGUUCCUGUUGAGGUCGUUCCUGUGGCUGGAGCCCUGUAGUCUGAACAAACACCUGUAUUGUUGGUAAUAUAGUGGCUUUAAUGAAAAUAUCGGAGACACACACAGUUAUGUUAUACUCACCUGAAGGAAAAACAAAUAUAAGUGUGAUUUUUGGCAAUAGUAAUAACUUAUAAUAAGACUGUAUAUAUGCUUUAAAGGGUGGUGUUGCAGUAUAACUCAGUAAAGACAGCUAAAAAACAUAGAAUAAACAUAUCUCACCUGAAUAAUUGUGUUUUAUUUACACAGUGUUACUGCCUUGACCUAUGAUAUUACAGAUGUUGAUCAAAUACAAACAGAUGAUACAUGUGAAAAUAAAGGCUUUUGCAUAA